UUGAGUCUGUACGGAGGAUCUGACCUGAAGUGUGUGUUCAGUUCAUUAGAUAGCAGCACACGUGCCCAUCACAUCCCAUUAUGCGUGAUUCCAAUAGGAUGUCCCAGUUUACAUUCAUAUACCUUAUGGCUUGGAAAGGAGGACACGAUCACCUUUUAUCAUGCCAACUCGAUCACAUUCAUAUACAUUUUAUACAGUUUGCUGUUUAGUGUAGUGCAUUAAAGUUCAAAUGCUAUAGAACAUGUAGGAUUACUCAUUAUGAGAGUUUGACGAAUUCCCCGGUUGCAACUUCAGCGGGCAGCAUGGUCGGUGAUUGAUUGACAAGGGCAGCCCAGUAGCCUAAGGUAAGAAGAGGCCUUGUGGUCAGUUCGGGAUCCCGGAAUCCCGGGUACCACCUGACGACCCACGAACGAACCUGACCGAGCAUCCCAAUAACAGUGAGCUACCGUCCGCCAUCCAGAAGGUGUCGCUCGCCGCUCUUCGACCGGAUACAUGUGCUAUUCCUUCUGCAGUCUCGCUCAUUGGUGAAGAUUCCAAAGAAUAACAAGGACUAUCAUCCAGGUUCGGUUCCCGAAAAUCAUGUGAUAAAUCCAUAUCGUCGUUCUAACUCGAAGGGAAAAUGACGGGCUUUAGCAUACAUUUGAUGGUGUUGGUGGCUGCACUGGCAUAUAUCAAGGGGCAGAAAAUUCCCGUGGAUGUUGCUUACCUAGCAGACGAUGCCAAUGACGAAUCCUUUGCCAGAAGUUUUAUACCAAAAUAUUUCACCAAUACUCUGAAAUUAGUCCAAUCUCAGGCAGAUAGGGAUAAGAUUGAAUUCGCCCUCACCGUGGUCAGGACGGACCAGACGAUAGACAGAUCGACAAUUAAUGAACUUGAUAAAAAAGUGGCGCUCUACAUGGGAGACUAUGACGACAGCUUUGCACAGACCGGAUAUCUCCGCAAGGGUAGCGCCCCCUAUGUCAUAACAGGAAGAAGUGGUUUCUUAAAUUUCAUGGCACGAGAUUUUAAAAGCAGCGACGGCGGACCAGUCACGCCAGCUUGUAACAGAACUGCGAGUAAUGACGUCAUUAGUUUCUUCCCACCGCGGACUGCCCUGACUCACCUGCUUCUACAGGGUUGCCCGAACUACUUCCGGCGGAUCGCACUGAUUGGGAGGAAUGCUUAUCAGAUCAACUUAGUUUUAGAAAGUAUGCACGCGUUUAGUAGUUCGUGUUACGAUCUCAGUACUUUUAUUAUCGACAAUAAUUGGACGAAAGACAUGGGGAUGAAGGUCUUGCGGAACGCUCUAAAACUCAAGCCAGAUGCGAUUGCCAUCUAUUCCUUUGAGAUGGAUUAUGCCGUCAAGGUCUUAGAGAUGGCGAAGGAGGCUAACAUGCUGACGUAUCAACACUCUUGGUUUUUGCUGCAUCCGGAUAUUGAGGGAAUACCACUUGAAAUGCACAACCUUUUCAAAAGCAGCUACGCCAACGUCACGGGAUUUCAGUUGAUAUCACGUGAUAACUUUAGGCGAUUCGGUCUGGAACCACCACGUGACCACAUCAUCAAACACGCCGGAAUUCUUGACGUCAUGAUCAAGUUAUCUAGUUCAAUCCGUGACAACUUGGCGGCGGGCAAAAGUGGGCGAGUGACGUCAAAGAUUUUCCUGGACUGGGUCAAAGGGUUGAGUUGGCAGGGCUACGAGGAUACCAUAGGGUUCUUCACUGAUCGAGUCGAACCCAACGGCUUCCAAAGCGCCUUCUGUCGUCUGUCAUACAAGAUAACAUACUAUGCAUAUGAAGGCGGAAAAAUGCAUAUGAUCCGCGACGAAGUGGAUGACGACUACUUCAGGGUGCCGAGCAAACCGAAAAAAGAAGACCUUCAAAAUCGGAUAUCCAAGCAGUACCAAAUAGCCGGCUCUAGAUUCAAACGGCAAGCGAACCCGCGGAUCGACAUAGUCCCGAGUAACCUGACUGACCAGCCACCGCUGCCCUACAGGUACUGGAGGAAAGAGACACCAGCGAAAAUGCCGAUCUUCUACAAGAACAACAUUAGGGCCGUGGCGAUCGUGACGCCCCCAAUGGUAAUGGAAGUCGACGACGAAAACGGAAAGGUAGCGGAAGGCAAAUACAAGGGGAUGAUGGUAGACUAUUUGAAACACUACAGCAAAGAACUUAACGUUACUUAUAGCAUUAACACUGUAGUGGGGAACCGCAGAGAUCUCUACCUUGCGCUUGACUCAGGGGAAUUUGACGUAGGAAUCGGCUCCCUCGGCAUGAGCGGUAUCCGUUACAAGCAGACAGACUACACAGACACGGUCAGGCUUGGCAGGAUCGCCCUCCUUGUUAAGAAGGCUGAAGUGAAGUCGUCCCCCUGGCAGUUCUUGCAACCCUUUACGUGGGCCGUGUGGGUCAGCUUAGGCGUGGUUUUUAUUGUGACGAGUAUAUUACUGACCCUGAUGGACAUUCUUGAUUGGACUGAUGAGAGCUUCCCAGUGAGGGACAGUUUCUACUACACGGCUGGAUUACUCUGUGCUGGGUCUACAGACACUACCCCGGCAACAGUGCCGAGCCGCCUCAUGAUCUGUUGCCUCAUGUUCUUCGCAAUCGUGGUGUCCAACAGCUACACCGCGAACAUGACUGCAUUCCUUACCAUGAGGAAGAGCGAGGACCUGCCACAGACCCUGCAGGCGCUUGCCGCCCAGACUGCAAUCAACUACUCUUAUGUAAAGGACAGUGAAAUCUACAGGAUCUUCACUGACAAUGAAAACGACCCCUACGGGGCUAUCGUGAACAGAAGGAAGACCAAAGGCAUCAAGCUCUUCGGAGACAUCAAUGAAGGUAUCGCCGCAGUUAAGACAAAAAAGGAGGGGAACAUUGGAAACACCAUUCUGAUCACCGAGGAGUACACCGCAAAGUAUUUUGAGGCUCAGAACUGUGAUUUGGAAGUUGUCCUCCAGCCAUCUGAGCCUAUUUAUUAUACGAUUAUGUUGCCGUUUGGCGCCACCUAUCGGGAGAAUCUGAAUGAAGCUAUAUUGGCUGUCAGGGAGGGUUACAAGGAUUUCGAUACGGUUGAAGACUAUUACACGACCGUCGAAUGUCCCAUGGGCGACAACGUGGCGGAUAAUUCGAAGACGAGGCGACUGAAGUGGGAGGAGAUGGUUGGUGUGUUCUACGUGCUGCUGAUGGGUGCUGGCCUUGCCAUAAUCGUGGGCAUCGUCGGCGAAGUGUACAUCAGGGUCAUACUGAAGAAAGAAAGGAAAAGAUACCCGUGGAGGGACUUUAAAAACGAAUGCAAGAGUAGGAUUCAGUCUAUAAGGAAUAUCUUCCCGUGGGCUAGUUCUAGUUCUAAAAAAUAGGUCUUUGAGAUAUUGUAGGAUAAUUGCUAUGUCAUUAGGUAACGAUGAUGAUUAACAUAACAUAACAUAACAUGACAUACUGGUGCGUGUGUGUGGAUUGACCCUUCAAUCAUAAUACAUGUAGUUACCUUAUAAACACUCGGAAAAAUCCGUUGAAAGAUAUUUUUCAUAUUUUGACACUUCGGUGAUCGACGGAAAACGUGGAAUCUCCAUAUUUUUUCGAAACUUGCUGACGUUGCGCAAUAUUGUAUCGCGACAUCGUGAGAAGAUUGUGCGUACACCACCAUUUGAUAGGAAUUAUCGUCAUGACGUAAUAUUAUGCUACCAAAUGUUCUUGGCCAAUAGCGUAACUCGAUUCACAUCAUGUGAUUUCAAGUCAUCACAUCGUAUCGGAUCCAAAAAAGCAAUAACGGAUCCAAAAAAAUGUCGUAACGGAUCCUAAAAGGUUUUAAUCCAAUCAAAAUGAAGUUUACAAAUGAUCUUGGAUGGUCGUCGGUAGUUACGUUUAAGAAACAAAUUUGCCAUCAAUUCAAAAGCAAGAUGGCUGCCACUUCAAGAUUUGCAAAUUUUACUGAGCAAGAACUUCAGGAAUUGAUUAGUGAAAAGGAUGCCAAAAACGCCAAAAGGGCAACGAAUUGUUUCAUUAUUUUCCUUUGGAUUGAUUUCUUUGCCAAGACA